AGCUCGGCUCAGAGUUUCUGGGGGCACCGGCGCGUUCACAUGGCUGCGUAAAAACUACAUCGCAAGAACAAUACUCGCUCUUGUUUAUUUAUUUUGAAUGUGACCAUGCUUGCAUUUUUCUCGUGAUCGGUAGUGAUGGAUUUAUGGUGAACCAUGGAGACUUUCUGUGCUUCCGGAACACCCCAGAAAUUUCGAACGGGUUUUGGGAACUACCACCACAAUGUACCCUGCCACAGGAAUCUGCGACAGCUCGGGAAUGAUUACGCUAUGCCGGUUUGCAAUAGAAGAUCAACCCCUUCGGUUCACACCCUCUGGCAGGAAAGAAUGUCACCAAGAUCGUGCAAAGAACGCAAAUCGAGAGGCAAACUGUGUUCGGUUGUUCUAGCGAUAGCCUCUUUCCUUGUGUUCGUUGCAGUAUUGUCUAUUGCAGGAAUGGCGCUCUACAUGGGGGCGUUACAUACCGAACCUCCUAGUAGCAACAAUCCCCUCUCGUUUAGUUGUAGCGCUAAAGUACUAAGGGGCGAUCGAUUCACGGGAGCCCUUCAAGAAAAAGCGCGUAGAUAUAGACUGCAGUUAGAGACUUUGUAUCAAAGAAGCGUCUUAGGCCCAGCCUUAGUUUCUUGUAUAGUAGAAAAAUUCGGAAACGAUACCGUAACAGUAUUUUAUAAACUAGGUUUUAAUCGGAAAAAACUACCCAAAAACGUAUCAAAUAUUGAAAAGACCAUCAGGGACAUCCUCAUCACGGACGCUAUAUCUCGAAAACCGGUUUUUAGGAUGAUUCGAUUCGAUCCAAAAUCCGUAGAAGUUAAGCAAAUUAGAGAAGUAGAGUCGUACCAAAGAACUGCUACUAAACCAAAAGACCCCAAACCAACGAAAAGUGGCGUCGUUGUAAAAUCUCCACCCUUGACCACGAACGUACCCGUUAAGAAGAAAACUGCAAGCGAGGAGACCGAAAGCAAAGAAGAAGGGUCACCAGUGGUGCAAGGCUCGUUCAAAAUAAGCAAAACCGACGCCGACAUUACGGAAAAAAAGACUGACAAUACAACCCCAAAACCCAAAUCCACUACACUCUCGACUAAGGCGACUACGUUAAAAGACAGUUCGGUCACGAGUGCUUUAUAUAAAAUUGCUGCCAUAGAAAAACUUAACAAAACUAGCUCAACUAUUUCCACAACAACGACAACUACUACCAGUACCACCACAGCAACGACAAAAACGACACAGUUCGUGAGCCCCCAGGUAUUCAACGAUGAACCCUGGAUUCCGAUUUUACCGGGCUUGCAAGACGUCAACCCCACAACUUUUGCCACCACUAAAUUACAACCGAAGCCUCCCAUUUACACAAGUUUUACAAACCCAGGGCUGUCGUACCAGAAUUUUGACAUGGAACCUCUCGGCUCCACAAGUUUAAAGAGCCACCCCAUUCCAGUUAACAAAAUCCCUCAAAUCACAGAACCUUCAAAAUUUGACGAAACCACGAAGGUAGUAACAGAAACACGUUUGGAAGUUACAUCCAAAGUACCAGAUCCUGGAUUCGUGGAAAUCGAAACUGUAAAAUAUACUCCAAGUGCUGCGGUUGGUGGUAAAAUAAAACAAGAACAACUCCUCAAAAACUUGUCUUCUAUUUUUCACAACUUAGCGUCUACUCUCAAAAUACCGCACACUAACGCAAGUGGAAGUGACACGUAUUUGGAAGCUGCGGACGGUGAUAGUAUCGGUCAAGGUCAAGUUGAAGUUGUGGAAGCAGACGAAGAGGCGUUGAUGAUGCAAACUACAAAGUUGCCGCUCGUUACCUUAAUUCCUGUUAAGUCGAAUUCUGGGAUCGGGAGGCCUUUACGAAGGCGCCCGAUUAGGGACGGUGAAAGUUCAGCGGAUUUGUCUGUGGAGAAUAGGAGUUUCCCGGGGUCGACCCGCCUGAACGACUUGACCGAAGUGGGAAAGAGUCCGUUAAAGUUUAUAGAGACGGAAGUAGUGACUUCGGUUAGUUCAGAAGUAAAUAAGGUUAAAGUGAACAAGAACCAGUUGGAAGAUUUUAAAAUUGUUGGAAUGUUGAAUUUUGCGACCGAAUCGCCGGAAGAGCCUCUCAGGAAUCCUAAAAUGGAUCCGCAGGCCAACAGGACGGAAGUCGUACGCGGCCAUGAAUCCAGCAGCGAAAUCAGCGUGUAUGCAACGAAUUCGUCCGUUUCGAGCAACCGAAAAGAACCCACAAAAAAUUUCAAUAUCUUGACCCCGGAGAAGUUGAAACAACUGUCCGAAAUUAGCAAAAUCCACGACAAUAUGACCGUAAUCGAUAAAGAACCGGUUAUAUCCAAUAAAGCGAUUUCGUCCAGUUAUACCGUUAAUCACUCAGGGUUCAAAAUUUUGACCAAGACUUUUAACAAAAUCAACGAAUUACCUAAGGAUAAUAAAGUUAAUGGUUACAAUAACCUUGCGUUUACGGCGUUCUCCAAUAAAACAGAGUGUGGUAACUUAACCAUAAAAUGUGGCGACGGCCAAUGCCUGCCCGAAACAACCAAAUGCAACCAACUAAUUGAUUGCAACGACGGUAAAGACGAACAAGAUUGCAACUGUGCCGAUUAUCUCAGAUCGCAGUACUUGCUCAGGAAAAUCUGCGACGGAGUGGUCGACUGCUGGGACUAUUCAGACGAAAACCAGUGCGAGUGGUGCAAGCCGCAACAGUACGUUUGCAGCAACUCGAAAAUGUGCAUAGACAAAAGCAAAAUCUGCGACGGCCUGAGGGACUGUCCGCACGGCGACGACGAAAGGCAAUGCGUCACGAUCGCCCCCAAUCUAAACGCGGCAGACGAAUUCCCUUAUUUCUCGGAAGGAUACCUACUGGUGCGAAAAUUCGGGUCAUGGGGAAAACUCUGCGUCGACAACCUGCACAGCACGAUUUUUCCUAUUCCUGAUCUCGGAAAAGCUGUAUGCAAGUCCAUGACUUAUCAGUCUUUAGAUACCGUCGGAACGACGGUCGACGGUAACUCCUCAACCUCACGGUACUUCGAGCUGGAUUAUUCGUUCCAAAACAGCAGCAAAUACAGCCUGUCUUUUACCGACACGGAGUGCGCCAGUAGGAAAAUAGUGCACGUCAAAUGUCAGUCCCUUGAGUGUGGCGCUCGCCCUAACGCCGUCAAACACAUAGCAAGGCGCGCUUACAGGAUCGUAGGGGGCGGCAAUGCGGGUCUGGGAUCAUGGCCCUGGCAAGCGGCCCUCUACAAAGAAGGAGAGUUCCAGUGUGGCGCCACUCUGCUUUCCGACACCUGGCUGGUAUCCGCCGGCCACUGCUUCUACCAUUCGCAGGAGGAGCAUUGGGUGGCACGUUUGGGUGCGCUACGCCGCGGCACCACUCUUCCGUCCCCCUACGAGCAGCUCCGUCCCAUUGUUCGCAUAAUCGUCCAUCCUGGAUACGUCGAUUCCGGUUUCAUUAACGACAUCUCUUUACUCAAAAUGGAAUUUCCUGUUAUUUUCAGCGAUUACGUUAGACCAAUUUGUUUGCCCCCGCCGGGUCAAAUGGUUGCUGAUGGGAGAUUAUGUACAGUUGUAGGUUGGGGUCAGCUAUUUGAAGUCGGUAGGAUAUUCCCUGACACGUUACAAGAAGUGCUCGUACCUGUGAUAUCAACGGCGGAAUGUCGGAAAAGAACGGUUUUCCUUCCGCUGUAUAAAAUUACCGACGAUAUGUUUUGCGCGGGUUAUGAGCGUGGAGGAAGGGACGCUUGUCUCGGAGACUCGGGAGGACCGUUAAUGUGUCCGGAAGCUAACGGGAAGUGGGUUUUGCAGGGGAUUACGAGCAACGGAUACGGAUGCGCGAGGGCGAAUAGACCCGGCGUGUACACGAAAGUGGCCAACUACGUCGCCUGGAUUGACAACCAUAUGAGCAGGGAGGAUCACAAUAGUACAAAAAGUAGCAAAAGUGUAUGUCUAGGGCAUCGGUGCCCCUUAGGGGAGUGUUUGCCCAAAAGUAGACUGUGCAAUGGAUACAUCGAAUGUAGUGAUGGUAGCGAUGAAAGAGACUGUUAGGCAAUACUUAAUUCAAGUGUGAUAUGAACUUGUAUUUAUGUACAUAUGAUAGGCGUAAAUUUUGAUAUUUUUAUAUUUAUUUUGGUCUUGUAAGUUGAACCAACUAUUUAUAGAAAUUGUGCCCUUAAUAAAAAUCUCUUCGUAC